AUGGAGGCUUAUUUGAUAGAGCACUACCCCCAGUGGAGCUACAUCACCCAGAUCCACUCAUGGGCUAUUUGGAACACUGGGAUGAGUCCGAUAUCAAAAUGGCUAUUGAGUACGAUGGCGUUCGGUCUCGUCCUCUUCGUCGGGUUUGCGGUCGUCGCAAUCUGGGCGAUAUUUGGAGCGUUGAAAGAAAAUGCUGGAUCUUUUAGCGAGCAGACCAUAAAACUGCAUCGGCAACUAACAUUAGCCCUGAUGGCACAAGCAUCAAUCCCAUUUUUUCUCUACAUAUUACCGAUGGGCGCCGCCAUGGUUAUGCUAUUUUUGGGGUACAACAAUGCACAAGCAAUCUGCAAUUGGCUCGAAGUCAUCUUCUGCUCGCAUUCCAACUUCAACAUCCUCCUCAUGGUGUCACUGACAUCUUGCUACCGUGAAUGUGUCGUUAAUUGGAUUCUAACGGCAGCAGAGAAAAUCACCGGGCGUAAACUUCGUGUCAGUGAAGUUGCCUCUGCCGAGCCAACGCAGUCGGAAUAU